AUGCAAGACGAAGGCGGUGACCUGGACAUAGACGCCCUUCAACUGUCCAAGGUCGCAACACCUCCGCUGCGUUGGAUGCGGGAGAGCGAACAAGCAUGCCAGCCUCGUCCCCGGGAGCUAUCCAAACUGGAGAAGUUACCGGCUGAGAUUCGCCAUAAGAUCUUCAGCUACCUUGGGAUUCCCGAAGGAUCCCACAUCUGGAUAGACUGUCACGGCAAUUCAUGGGAAUGCGGAGGACGUGCACACCCACCCGACACGGCCGGUUGCCAACAUCGUUACAAAGUCCUCGGCGUCACACCCAAGCUCUGGUGGUCCAAACCCAUUUCCUUCAAAUUUGAGUGCGGAGCGGGUUCGAUGAAGUACUACAUUCGAUCCUCGCAUACGAUCCCAUGGGCCCUGCUCCGAGUCUGCAAAUCUAUCCGAUCCGAACUUAUCCACCUAUUAUUCCACCUCACUCCCGUCGAACUCCGUGACGAAGUGGGUUCACUCCCAACACAGUACUACGACAAGAGCUCUGAGCGCCUUGCUCCGUCGGCCUUCAAUCCCAGUACGCGGAAAAUCCCAGCACUUGGCUACGCCACGGAGUGCUUCCCACCGCCCGCCUGGCUCAUCUUGAUGACUAAAAUCCAUCUCGUUGGGUCUCCUGGUACAACCUUCCCUCUGCACAUGAGGAGGGAUUGGCGCUCCGAGCAUCGCAGAUUGACGAGGGAAGCGGAAACCCUCCUCUUCAUAGCAGACCACUGCCCAGAACUCGUCGAGCUGCAAACCAAUUUCUUCAAGAUCUACAGACCACUCGUCGCCUCUACCGAACAUAAUCACCAGGCGAGCCACUUGCCGGAACUCUCAUUGCAGAGCCUUCUCGACAUCGCGGUUCAAGCCUGCCUCCAAGUCGUUGCCAAAUGUUCGAAAUUGGAGAAGCUCGUCCUUGAGGACGGGUUCAAAGAGUGGUUGCGUGAGGAGUUGCUAGAGCUCGAUUUGAAAGGUGUGCCCAUGGGGUUGCGGGAGGAGCUCGCUGAGAGGUGGCUGAGACGGGUUAGCGAAGAGCUUGCGGACAGUGAUAACGACGAUAACGGCUAUGAGGAUGUCGACAGUGAUAGCGACGACAACGGCUAUGAGGAUGUCGACAGUGAUGGCGAACAUAACGGCCACGAGGAUGCCGACGAUGAGCUAUAA